UGCUUUAAAUCUGGUACAAAGAGACAAUGGAUAGCACUUUAAACUAUGAAGACUUAGCACCUGAGUCAACUCAUCUUGUGAAGGCCUUAACGGACCCGUACAGCACAAUGAAAAACCAGGAUGUCAUAGAGAGCACCGCGUUCAGGAACAUUGACUGGAUUACAAGCAAGGAUUUCGAAAUCGAAACUGGACAGAGGCAAAUUCACGAGUAUAUCAAAACCUGGGGGCUCUCAUCUGCUUGGCAUUACAUUUUAGACUAUCUGGGCGUAACUAAAGAAGAGUUUGUCACAUUUUAUCACUACCGGGCCAGCUUUAGCACUCCGACUGCGCAAUCUCCAAUCGUGGGAACAGCCAGUGUCUACUUCGCCGUGAACAAAGUCAACCCAGAGACGCUGCCAGUGGACGUGCAUUAUGUAAUCGAGUCGAAUAGACUGAUAAACAGGGCUGGUAAAGUGUUUUUUAGGGAGAAGUGGCUGACUGAUAUCAUCGAGAGUAAAAUAUUGUUACGCAAAAAAGUGCAGGACCUUUGGACGAAGACAGACAGAGCCCCGUUAUAA